AUGGCGACCAAGUCGGAAUUGGAAGUCGCCAAUUGGUUCGAUCAACUUAUACAUGACAAGAAAAAUUUCACUGCAAGAUAUUUGGCCAAGGUCAAUGAGGUGACUUCAAUCGAAAUCGAUAUUAUUGUCAAAGCCUUCUGCGGAGUCGUCAUUUUGGCUUUGAUGUUUUCCAACGAGGCGCAAACGAUUUGCAACUUUUUUCUCGCCAUUGUCCCUAUCCUUUUGAUCUACGUGCAUCCCGACGAGAAGCCGCCGGCGAAUAUUCUGUUUCUUCAUUUCUCGAUAUUCGGUUUCUCGACGAUAUUCGACCGCCUUCUCGGCUUGAUCCCAUUUUAUUUUGUGCUCAAACUCGCAUUAUUCCUCGCCCUUUAUCUGCCGCCGUCGAAUCGUCUCAUCGACAAAUUCGAAGCCAUGUUGGUCCCGCCGCGAAAAUAA